AUGGAUUUAGAUUUUACAGAUGAUGUCCUACAAAAUAUAACUAUAGCACCUAAAAUUGAUAAAAGUAAUUUAUAUUUGAAUGACAAAUUUGCAAAACAAACAUUGAUACCUUCACCAAUUGUCAAUCAAAUCAUUCCAAAGUUUAAAGUGAAAAUUAAUAAAAAGUUUCAGGGUUCUUCGAGUGUUUUAUUCAAUGAUGAAGAGUAUCAAAUGUUAUUACCAAAGGAAGAAGAUUCUCAAAUGGAUGUUUUUAGUGAUAUUGAAGAACAUGAAGAUUUUUUGUUAAAUUCAAAUGAAAAUGAACAAAAUGAACAACCUUCAAAAAGCGAGUCCCUAAAUAUUGAAAAAUCAAAAUUUGAACAUAUACAAGUACUUGUGAAGUAUCAAUCUCUACUUAUUGAUGGAAUAGAGUUCAAAUUUAGAUCAGCAAUUCGAUCAUCAUGUGUCAUAAAAGCGAGUUCAAUUCAAGAAGAAGAUCAUUUAUUAAUAUCAUUAAAAUCAGGAUACUUAAUAUUAGUAAAGUUGUUUUAUAUACCGAGAGGCAUUUCCGAUAUUGAUUACAAAUACCAGACCCAGGUCAUUGACGAUAAGGGAAAUUCAAUUUUUCGACCUUUUAUAGUACAAUGGUGGGAUGUAUCAGGUACACUGAAAGCUCCAACAUUAAACUCCAGUGGUUAUCAACUAAAAUCUUCACCUUCUGGUAGAUCUACUGUUUCCUGCCCCUCCUCUGAUAGUUUUAGAUUAUUCAUGACAUUACCUCAAGCUUCAGGAACAAUACUAAGAAAUCACUUCAAUAUCAAAGUGGAAGGUCUACUAUUAGAUUCAUGCUUCAUAAUACCUAAUAACUCACAACAACAAACUGAUAUAUUUUUGACGUUAAAUUUCACUGAUAAUAGAAGGCUAGAUAUAAAUUUAUUUUCAUGGUCUACUCAACAAAGUGAUGGUAUAUUUCCAACAGGUUUUUCCAAAUCAAUUUUACCACUAGAUAAUCAAUUCGAAAUACCAGUUUUUAUAAUACCUUUACAACAUAAUCAAUCUUUUUUGUUUGUAUCAACUACAAAGAUUACAAUAAUUAGCAUUCAUGACAUUGUUUCAGCUGAAUAUAAUUUCAAUUUUCAAGAUGUUCCAUGGGGUACAUCAUUUCCUACUACAUUCUACGUACCGAAUGAACCUCUCUAUGAUAUAGAGUAUGGUGUUGAUCAAAUACUAAUAGCAACUGACAAUGGUGUAAUUUAUUCUUUCAUAAUCAAAGGUACAUCUUUUACUUCAAAAGCUAUUUUCAAGAUACAAGAGCCAAUAUCACAAUUUACAGUUGAGAAAUGUUUAAAUGGUUAUGAUUUUACUUAUUCACAUAUGAAUGGAUCCUCAAAGCGACUAUUGAUAAACGAUAUUUUAAAAGAUGAAUCUGUCGUAGAGACUAAAAACGGAUUUUCAGAAGCUAAUUUGGUCACUAAUUUCAAAAACUGGACACCAUUAAUAGACUUCACAACUGUUGAGAAUCUAAAAUGUGCUAAACAAGAACUUUGGGGAAUAAGUGGUAUUGGGAAAAAUUCAAAAUUAAAUCAUUUUAGAUAUGGUUAUGUGGGAACAAGGAAAAGUUUUAUCUACGAGAAAUUGAGAAAGACAUUGAAGUUAUGGAAAUUGAGUGUUAAUGAUUCAGUGUAUUUAUUAUGUUCCUUACCAUUCGAAAAUAUUCUUUUGGAAUUUCAAAGAAAUUCAAAGCAAGAUGUAUUUGUGGAGAUAAAAAACCCAUUAAUUAAUUCUGAUGAAAUUACUAUACAUGCAGGUGUUAUAAAUGAUAUUGUUGUGCAAGUGACCAAUAAAUCAAUAGUGCUAUCUGACUUAUUAAAUGAGACAUUAACUAAUAGCAUGGAUAAUAAAAUUAUAUUGCAUGCGGAGAUUCAUCAACAAAAUUUAUUUUUGGUUGUACAACUGUCUAAUUCUAUCUAUUUACAAGUGUAUGAGGUAUUAGAUCUACUAUUAUCAACAGAGUCUAAUCCUGAUGAUUACUUUAAUUUUCUUUGUGGAAUUGAACUUUUUUACCAACCAUCAAUGAUGAAGUUAUUUGAAAAUGAUUCAGAAUCUGGUUUAUCGAUAGGUAGUUAUGACGGUUUUAUUUAUUUUUAUGAGAUGAGUUCUACAAUCAAAUUAAUUCAGUCUUUAAAUUUAUCCCAAAUCUAUUUGAAUCCUAAUGAUAUCACUGAGUUACCAAAUUUGAUUCCUAAUGAUAUGAUAGUUCACAAAUCAGAAUUUUUAUUUGGAACGAAAGAAGGUUAUUUAGUAACAGUUGAAUAUUUAGAUGAAUUCAAAUUCAAAUCUUGUAAGAAGCUAGGAAAUAACGAGGUUAGUUUAUUGCGCAGUGCAAGUGAUCCUCAAUUCUUAUUUAUACAAUGUAAAGAGAUUUGGUUAGUCAAUGGUUAUGAAUCAACUUAUCCAGUUAGAAUUUAUUUUGAUGAUAUUUACGAUAGACAAAUUCACACAUUUGUUGAACUUGAACUAUAUUCUAGCAAAUUUCAACAACUUGCAAUAAUAAGAGAUAAUGGACUUGUUUUAACUCAUAUUUCUACAUUUCAAGAUCAAGCAAUAAAACAAGUUUCAAUAUUUGAAACAGGCAGUAAAUUAUUAUAUCUACCUUACAUUUCAGCAUUUUUAAUAUUAACAAAAUCAAAAUCAAACAAGAAUAGAAUCAAAUGCGUGGAUAAAAAAUCAUUAAAGAUAAUGAUUCAUAAGGAAUUGAAAUUUAAAAGCAGAUCAAAUAAUGCUGAUGAAUUAUUAUUUGAUACUAAUGAAUAUCCAAUAAAUUGUUGUGUUUGGGAAAUUAAUAGAGGUCAAAAAGUAUCAAAGAAAGUAUUAAUUGGAUGUAGAAAAGCAUCAUCUAAUGGUGAACAUGGUACUGUCAAAGUCUUAGAUUUUAAAAAAGUCAAAUCUGAAAAUGAAACAAAUAUAGCUAUAACUGAAUUAAAUUCAUUUGAUCAUGAAAAUCCAAUAACUAAUAUAAAUCAAAUUGCUGAAGUUAUAUUGUAUACAAGUGAGUCCCAAUUGUAUUAUAAUAGCUAUAAUGAAUUAGAGAAAAGAUUUACUCCAAUUAAAUUGUUAAAGACGUUGCCUAGUAAGAUAAUAUCAAUGAAUAUUUCAAAUGAUGAUAUUAUACUAUGUACUCAGAGUGAUUCAAUAUUUCAUUUCGAACUUCCUAAAUUGUUCAAUUCAUUAACUUCAAGUAUAGAUUUAAAAGCUUGUGAUCCUUUUGCUAAUACUUUUGUCAAUUCCAUCCCAUUUGGUGCAUUAUACAUUGCUGGUAAUAAAACAAUUACAAAUGUUGAUUUUUAUACUCAGUUGAACUCAACGUUAAAAAGGAGUCAUUCGUCUAAAGUUAAUACUAUCUCAAGAGUAGCUUCAAUAAAUUUAAAUGAUAAGGUUAUCAAACGUGGAAUUGGUGUAGAUAAAAAUUGCAUACUAGGCGUUGGCUUUGGUGGAGAAAUAACAUGCUUGAAACCAUUAACCAAGGAUGAGAAUGACAAAUUUUCCCAAUUCCAGGAUCGUAUCAAGAAAUCAUACAAUCCAUUUAUCAAUAAGAUAAGUGGAACAGGAUUAUUUUCAUUGAAUAAACCAGUAUUAGAUUAUAAUGAAAAUAAAGCCAACGAGCAAGUAAUCGACUUUGAUCUUCAAGAACUGUCAGAGAUGGAAAACUUAUACUUGUAA